AUGCCCCCUAAGCGCGCAUCCACAACUCCUCAGCCUACUGAGCCGGCCAAACGCGUCAUUCCGUACAAUCUUAGGAAGACCCAGAUUCCACGCACUGGCGGUUAUCAAGGCAAGGGGAAGAUGAAUGGCUCAUAUGCACCUCAUGCAGCUAUAUCUCAGGCAGCGGCAAUCCGGGAAGCGCCCACAGAGCCGUCGAUCCGUGACACCAAAUCAGCGACGAUCUACUACGCCGAGCCAGCGGGCUAUCCAGAAGAGGGUUCGCUUCGAACUGUCGCCCGCGACGCUUAA